CAUCCGCUCAGAAUGGACACACAUGAACUCAAAAGGGUUGGAGAGGGAGAUGCGGAGAAACACGAACCGGAUGAGAACAACGUUUGUUCACUCACUCUAGGUCCGGGGUUGAUGUUGGAUGGUUCCACGGUAGCCUCUCGUUUUCUGCACGUAGAGUUGGAGCUGAAUGUUCACCUUCGCCGGCUGUCGUUCAGUGAGCCGGUGCACUACAUCUACAACCCGCUGGAGUAUGCCUGGGAACCGCACCGCUGCUUCGUUGAGACGUACUGUCGCGGCGGACAGAGUAUUCUCUUCCUGGGGAUGAACCCGGGACCCUUCGGCAUGGCUCAGACCGGGGUACCCUUUGGUGAGGUAAACUAUGUCCGUGAUUGGCUGAAAAUCACUGGGGAGGUUGGACAUCCCCCUUCGGAGCACCCAAAGCGACUAAUCAAAGGCCUGGCCUGCAUUCAGAGUGAAGUGAGUGGCGCCCGUUUCUGGGGCUUCUUCCGCAAGCUGUGUGGUGAGCCAGAUGUGUUCUUCCGCCAUUUUUUCGUACAUAACCUGUGCCCACUUAUGUUCAUGGGUACCACCGGCAAGAACUUAACACCCCCCGAGCUGGUCAUUGGGGAACGUGAGGCCCUCCUGGCUCUCUGUGACAUGGCACUGUGCCAGGCUGUGGCUGCCCUUGGCGUCACCAUGGUGAUUGGGGUUGGCAGAGUGGCAGAGCAGCGAGCGCGGCGAGCCCUCUCUGCGGCGGGCAUGGAGGUACGGGUGGAGGGCAUCAUGCACCCAUCCCCCAGGAACCCGUUGGCCAAUAAGGGCUGGGAGGCAGUAGCCAAGGCCAAGCUGGAGGAACUGGGUGUCCUAUCCCUGCUGACCAUGUGACCUCUAGCUAAUCAGCCUCCAUGAGCGAAUACUGUAUUUGCUGUAUGCUGGCCUGGGGGGUAUAAGUUGUCCGCUGGCACAGAUCUAGGGUCAGCUUACCCUUCCCAAAUCCUGACCUUCAUCUUUAGGGAGAAGAACACAUCACCCAGGCCCUCUCACACAGCAGUCCCUGUUGAGCAGCAGUUGUCCCCCCCCCCGAGCUCUCAUGUUUAUAGGCCAUGCGAAGAAAUACUGCAUCACAAUUACUCUCCUCAGAUGCUGUUAUAUCCAUUACAGAGAAGAUACAUUAUGUCUGUAUGUACUUUACUGUGGUGUGUACUGCCUCACAGCAUGUCGACAGGUACUCAUCUCUGACCUUUGUGAGGACUUUCUGUAGCAUAUUACCUGGAAAUAGUUCCAGAGACUGUAAUGAAGAAAUGAAAACUUUUUAAAAUGAUAUAAUUUACAACAAUUAUAAGAUUAAGUAUUUUCAGGAUUACAGUAGAUACUGUAUACAGGUUUAGGAGGAGCUUGCUUUAGGUCUUUUAACAGCUCUGUUGCUAUCAGACUCUGGUGAUGUAACUGACCAGUUAGUCUAGAUUAGGUUUUAGUUUGUUCUUCAGAGUUAUUUUCACUGUUAAAUGACAAUGUGUUGUAAUUUGUUAACAAGAGAAAUAAGUCAUGUUGCAGUAGUUUUUUUUAUUUUCUUCUUUCUCGACAGUGGUUUUCAAAUUUGGAGUGAAUGUGGGCUAGUUUUCUUAUUUUUUGGCCCAUUGUAACAACAUUGCUAAAGCAAUGUUUCUCAUUUGGUCAAUUUAGUACAUGCUCAAGCCAACCAUUGUUGCUUGGCUGAUGCUUUAUGCAUGCGAAUGCCCUGCCCUUACCUGUUACAUCUUAGCAGGUCCUCUUGAAGCUAGGGGGCAGAAUUUUUAUAUUUGGAAAAAAAACGUUCCCACGGUAAACGGACUAUUUCUCAGGCUCAUAUUAGAAUAUGCAUA